AAACACUCAUGCACAAACAAUUCUUGUGGAAAAACUUUCAUCAUUGACCAGACCAUUCUGUGGUUGUAAAAUCUUCCAGAUGAGUGAUCCCACCGAUUAAUAUCCAUCCUCAGACAUGGCUUUCGUUUCAUAGAAAUCACUCAAGACACAUUUUUAGCAGCAUGGAUUUCAGUUUCGAGAUUAACUCCACGAGUACUCUUACUAUGCUAUUUCUUCUACUGUCCUUGUUUGCGUCUUCCCCUUUGGGGAUAAUCAAACUCAGUUCAUGCAGUGAAGUUCACACUAAUGUCAAAUGCAUCCACACCGAAAGAGAAGCCCUUCUCAGCUUCAAGAAUGGCCUCACUGAUCCUUCAGGUAGGCUUUCUUCUUGGGUCAGCGAAGAUUGCUGCCAAUGGAGAGGCAUAGAGUGCAACAACAAAUCAUAUCAUGUCACCAAACUUGACCUUCGGAAUGCGGGCCUAGGUGGGAAUCAUUUGACGGGAGAAAUUCCCAAUGAACUGUCACGCCUCAUAGAAUUGGGUACAGUGAACUUGUCAAUUAAUCAUCUGACUGGAAACAUUCCUCAGAAUAUUGGAAACUUGCGGUGGCUUGAAUCGCUUGAUCUCUCGAAAAAUAGUCUUUCUGGACCGAUUCCUAAAAGUUUGUCUUCUAUGACUUUCUUGGCACACUUGAACUUGUCUUUUAACAACUUGGUAGGAAAAAUCCCAUCUGGUAAUCAGCUCCAAACAUUAAAUGAUGCAUCCAUAUACAAGGGCAACCCUUCAUUGUGUGGGUCUCCCCUUCCAACCAAGUGUCCAGGAGAUGAAACAUUUGAUGGCCCAACUAUUACCAACGGCAGUGUUGAUGACAAACAAGAUGGAGAUUAUUAUGAAAGGUUAUGGUUCUAUGUUAGCAUCGGACUUGGGUUUGUUGUGGGAUUUUGGAGUGUUUGUUGCACCUUACUAGUGAAGAAGUCAUGGAGGCAUUGGUAUUUUCAAUUCUGUGAUGACAUCAAAGAUAGGAUAUCACUUAUAAUUGCAUUGAAAGUAGUUCAUUUGAAAAGAAAAUAUGGGUUGGAAAAAAUUGAAGUCUGUUGAUGGAAAGGCUUUUUCAGUUCCUAAUUGAGUCGCAAUUAGAUGAUCUCCCUGAAGGUAUCAUGAAUAUGGAUAUCCACCAGUAGUGCAAGGAUGACCCAUCAAUGGACAAUUGUUGUUAUUAUUAUGAAAUUUGGAAUUGUAAUAAUAGUAUUGUUAUUAUGAUUAUGGAGCUUGACCCUUGGACUUGUAAUAUCUUUAUUAUAUUUUGGACUCCAUUUAUGGAAGUACUUUA